AUGAUGCAUCUCAAAUUCAUUAUAAUUGCAAUGGCAUUGCCUGGAUGCCUGGAAGCGAUUCAUGGGAUAUACUCCUUCGCUCAUCCCGAGCUAUUUUACAAAAAGAGCAACUGCAAACCCAUUCCCGAAACUCUUCUCCUAUGUCAUGAUAUAGAGUACACGGAGAUGAGACUUCCUAAUCUUCUUGGACACGAGACCAUGAAAGAAGUGCUCCAACAAGCAUCGUCGUGGAUUCCUCUGGUCCAAAAGCAGUGUCACCCCGACACCAGAAAGUUCCUUUGCUCUUUGUUCGCUCCUGUGUGCCUGGACGAUUUGGACGAACCAAUUCAACCAUGCAGAUCGCUGUGCGAGACAGUAAAGCAGAGCUGCGCCCCGGUCAUGUCAGCAUUUGGCUUCCCGUGGCCGGACAUGCUGGACUGUAGUCGCUUUCCACCGGAUAAUGAUCUAUGUAUACCUCCAGCCAGUAUCGAUAAUUUUAUGCCAGUCACCAGAGAAGUACCUAAAGUCUGUGAUGCUUGCAGAGAGAAAGAGGAGAAUGACAACGAAAUUGUUGACAACCUUUGUAAAAAUGACUUUGCCCUAAAGAUCAAAGUGAAGGAGAUCUCCUACAUGAACGGCGACACCAAGAUCAUCCCGGAGACCAAGAGCAAAACCAUCUACAAGCUGAACGGCGUGACGGAGCGGGACCUGAGGAAGACAGUGCUCUGGCUGAAGGGCGGCCUUCAGUGCACCUGUGAGGAGAUGAACGACAUCAACGCCGCCUACCUGGUGAUGGGCCAGAAGAUGGAGGGCAACCUGGUCAUCACCUCCCUGAAACGGUGGCAACGCGGGCAGAGGGAGUUUAAGAGGAUCUCACGCAGCAUCCGCAAGCUGCAGUGUUGACCGGGGGCCACGCCUGCCUGAUACGCAUCAUACCCCUCAGCACCUGAACACACAGCCCGCCAACAAAACCUGCGACUUGUAAAGCCAGGUAGAAAUAA